AUGUCGCCAUCAAGCCUCCAAGAUCUCCCGCACCUGAACUUUCGCUCCUUCGUCAAAGCGCUUAAAUCCGACGGCGACCUCAUCGAGAUCAAUGAAGAAUGUGACCCAAACCUCGAGGUCGGCGCCAUUAUUCGCAAGGUUGUUGAGACAGAUGAACGAGCACCCCUCUUCAACAAGCUCAAGGGUCAAGACGCAGACGGCUUCUGGCGUAUCCUCGGCGCGCCAAACUCUCUGCGAUCUGAUCCCUCCCAGCGUUUUGGAAGACUGGCGAGGCACCUCGGUCUCCCUUCCACAUCGACUAUGAAGGAGAUACUUGACAAAAUGAUUGCCGCCAAGAGUGCGGUCCCAAUUCCCCCGGUUGUCUCUGAUACCGGGUCCUGCAAAGAGAUCCGCCUGACUCCAGAGCAAUUCGACCUCACCAAAUUGCCAGCACCGAUGCUGCACCAGUCUGAUGGCGGAAAGUACAUCCAGACGUACGGUAUGCAUAUUGUCCAAUCGCCGGACGGAAAGUGGACAAACUGGUCCAUCGCACGCGCCAUGGUAUAUGACAAAAACCACCUUGCGGGGCUCGUCAUCGAGCCACAACACAUCUGGCAGAUCCACCAGAUGUGGAAAAAGGAGGGUAAGGAUAUGCCGUGGGCGCUGGUCUUUGGUGUGCCGCCGGCCGCCAUCAUGGCUUCGAGCAUGCCUUUGCCGAGCGGCCUGUCUGAGGCGGAGUAUAUUGGAUCACUGGUUGGAGCACCGUUGGAGGUUGUCAAAUGUGAUACCAAUGGCCUGCAUGUCCCAGCGAAUUCGGAGAUUGUGUUUGAGGGCGUUUGCUCUGCUACGGAGACGGCACCCGAGGGGCCAUUCGGAGAAAUGCACGGAUAUGUCUUUCCUGGCGAUGCUCAUCCCCAGCCGAAGUACAGGGUCGACCUCAUCACCCACCGGAAGGACGCUAUUCUUCCAGUCUCAAAUUGCGGCCGACUGACUGACGAGACACACACUAUGAUUGGACCCCUAGCCGCCGCUGAGAUCGGUUUUCUCCUCAAGUCCAAAGGUUUGCCUAUCAAGGAGGCUUUCUCCCCCUUCGAGUCGCAGGUAACAUGGGUGGCCCUUCAAGUCGACACGAAGAAACUUCGCACCAUGAACACCAAUGCGAAGGACUUUUGCCGAUCCAUUGGCGACAUUGUCUUCAAUGAUAAGGUCGGCUACACGAUCCACCGCCUCGUCAUUGUCGGUGACGACAUCGAUGUGUAUGACUUCAAGGACGUAAUCUGGGCCUUUUCUACCCGCUGCCGCCCUGGCCUGGAUGAGUACCACUUCGAGGACGUACGCGGCUUUCCGUUGAUCCCAUAUAUGUCGCACGGCAACGGUGACAUUCGUAUGGGGGGAAAAGUUGUUUCCGAUUGUUUGAUGCCAACCGAGUAUACCACCGGCCGUGACUGGGAAGCUGCGAGCUUCCAGGAGUCCUAUCCCAUCGAUGUCCAGGAGAAGGUGCUGCAGCGUUGGGAGUCAUUUGGAUUCACUUCCGCCUGA